CAGAUUUAUCCGUAAGAAUAAGCAUGAAUAAUCAGACAUUAAUGGACUAUAACUACUGUUGAUGUGGUCCACAAUGACAAUGAAGAGUUGACACAUAUGAUAAAGAUUUAGGAAUUAUCAAAUCAACACUAUGCCACGUGUUAUUAUAAGCUGGGUACUUUUAAUAUGGAUUAUAUGCUCUUUCCUGUCUAUUCUGAUAAAUAUUAUAAGUUUUCUUAGUCCAUAUUGGUUAAUACGUAUUGAAACACCAGAAACGCGUCGUUUAACAACAUGUCCAUAUAUUUAUACGCAUAAUAAUAAUAACAAUAAUAAUAAAUCAGACAGAGAAAUGAUUCAGUUGACACCACCAUCUAUUGGACCAUGGUUUCGAUGUCAAAGUACCUGUUUAAAGUUAUUCAAUAAUAAUAAUGAUAAUAAUAAUAAUGAUAUAUUGAAUUGGGAAUUAUAUGAUGGUAGUUUGUUAAAGUGUCAAUUAUCUAUGUGGGGAUUUGGUGCUAAACCUGCUAUAGCCAACAAUAUAAUCUGGUUAUCUGGUUGUAUCAGUAUGAUUGGAUGUAUUCUCCUGUGUAUAUCAUUAUUCUUUAUUCUGUUGACAUUAUGUAAGCGAGAAAUAUGUGAUCAUAGUGUAUUCAGUUGUACUGGAUCAUUACUCGGCAGUGCUGAUCUAAUUCUUCUCGCCUCUUUCAUCAUGUGGCCAGCAGGAUGGGAUUCAGUGACCAUUCGUGAAGUAUGCGGAGGUAGUGUUGGACCUUAUUCAAAAGGAAAUUGUUCUAUAGGCUGGGCACCGUUAACUGCCAUGUUUGGAUUAAUUCUCUUGUUAAUCAGUGCAAUCCUGUCCAUUGCAGUAGACAAAUCAAUCACUACACAGACAGCAACAAGACAAAUAUUACUGAAUGGAAAGUCAUGCGUUUUUCUUCACUAAUGUACAAAUUAUGCCUGAAAUGAUGUGAGAUGAGAUAUUUGGUUUAGACAUAUUUUUACUGGCUUAUUAUUCAUACAGCUUAGAUCGUGAUUUAUGCUUAUACUGACAUAGAGAAGAGAAUAUGAGACAAAAUAUACAUACAUCCAUACAAAUUUAUGAUACUCUAUGUAAAUAAACAUUCCAAUUUGAUUUUGAUGCGCAAAAAGAUGCACACCUAUUUAAACAAAAUUUGUAAAGAAAUUAGCCAAAUUCAGACACUUUCACACACACACAUAUAUAACACUGAAUAGUUACAGUUGCUGAUAACCUAAUGUUGUUUGUUUUUGUUUGUCUAAACAUCUGCUAUUGAUAACUGCGUUAUCUCUAUGCUUGCUUUUUAGUUCUGAAUAAAGAAAAAUUGAAGAGAACAAACAGUUGUAAACCGAUUGUUCUGUUUAUUAUUUUACGAGAUAUUGGCUUUACAGGGGUUUGAUGGAUUUGCACACAUAGAGAAUUCAAAAUAAGUGAUUCGGUCAAGGGUCUCUUUUCCACUCAUUUAUCAUGAAGGUGUACAAGCUUAUGUACAUGGUGUGACAAAAAUAUUUAUUAAGUAUGUGGGUUUGCAGGGAUCUGAUUGGCUACAGGUCAGUUAGAGAAACGCUGGGAAACCUGUGAGUACUGGACAACUGUUUCCUCCGUUCUAGUUUGAGAUUGCACAGCCGUUACCUGUAACCAGUCAAAUCACUGAAAACUAACGCUCGAUAAUUAUUCUGAUAGUCACAAGCGGCUGGUUUUGUGCAGGAAGUUACCUGAAGUUCUAGUGGAAAGUCGUCACCAAGUCUGGUAAGAGAAUACUAUGACGGUGGUGGGCAGUUGCACUACAUAUAUUGUCAAUGUAGUUGAAGAUUGAACGACCAAUUCAUGGUUGUUUGCUCAAAACCAACU